CCUAUUAUGGUAGAAUAGACACGGCAAGCGUAAUCUUCAAAUAUACCCUUCCAAGACGUAACAGCGGCAUUUUUGUCACCCAAACGCAGAAAAAACCAUCGAUUGCUUUAGAUCUCAACAAAAGACGCUUUCAAUUCCCCCCAGCCCACAAGAUCCAUCCAAAUCCCUUAACCUGCUCGAAGGUUUCAAUCAUCUACAAGGGGGUUGAGAGCCAUAUCAUGAUUUGGGUUUGAGGAUUUAAAAGAAUUAGUGUUGAUGGACAAAAAUAAAAACAGGACCGAUCUGCUCGCUGCUGGCCGUAAAAAGCUUCAACAAUAUCGGCAAAAGAAGGAUGGUAAAGGCAGUAAAUCCUCGGGUAAGGCCAAUAAAUCUGAGCGUGAUGUGGUUGUUGGUGACUCAUCAUCUGUUGCCAAAUCAUCACCUGAACAAGUUUCAGGCACUGAGCUUGUUGAAUUAUCUUCACAAGCCUCCACAGAUACCGCUGUAGCUACUAAUGCUGAUGUGGCAGCUCCUGAUCCUUCCUCCACAUCAGUUGCACCAAUAGAAGUUUCUAAAGUUGAUGAUUCAGUCUCAACUGAAGGUCUGCAAAGUUCUAAUCGUGAUGAUGUGAUACCAACUUUUUCUCCUCCAAAAAUAGUUAAUAUUGAAGGAAAACUUGAAAGUGGCUUAUCUGUUGGUUUGAAGGGUGUACUUGAUGAUAGUUUUGCUCAUAAAGCAGGUGAAAUGAUUGCUGCACAUGGGGAAGAUCAGGGACAUUGCAGGAAGAUAAUAGAACCAGUUUGAUAGAUGUUGAAGGGGACAUGAAUCAAGUUAAUUCGGGGGAUGUUGAAGAAGAUGCUAAGAUGGAAUCUACAAGCAGUGCAAUAGAACAAACUAGUGAAGAACGUGAUGGAUUUCCUGCAUUUGUUAAUGCAGAUGUGAAUUUUGCUUCUAGGCUCCCCCCAUCUUCUGAUUAUGAACCUGAAAUUGGUGAUUCUGGUGAUACAAAUGCAGAUGUACAUUCUGCUUCUGGGCUUCCCUCAUCUUCUGAUCAAGAACGUUUAAUUGGUGAUUCUGGUGAUACCAAUGCAGAUGAACCUACAAUUGGUGAUUCCGGUGAUGCUAAUGCAGAUGUACAUUCUGCUUCUGCGCUCCCUUCUUCUGAUCAUGAACCUGCAAUUGAUGAUUCCGGUGAUACUAAUGCAGAUGCACAAUAUGCUUCUGUGCUUCCCUCAUCUUCUGAUCAUGAACCUACAAUUGGUGAUUCCGGUGUUAGUAAGGCAGAUGAACAUUCCCUUUCUGGGCUCCUGUAUUCUGAUCAUGGACCUGCAAUUGGUGAUUCCGGUGAUACUAAUGCAGAUGUACACUCUGCUUCUGUGCUUCCCCCAUCUUCUGAUCGUGAACUUACAAUUGGUGAUUCCGGUGUUAGUAAUGCAGAUGAACAGUCUCUUUCUGGGCUCCUAUAUUCUGAUCAUGGACCUGCAAUUGGUGAUUCCAGUGAAACUAAUGCGGAUGUACAUUCUGUUUCUGGGCUCCCAUAUUCUGAUCGUGAACUUACAAUUGGUGAUUCCGGUGUUAGUAAUACAGAUGAACAUUCUCUUUCUGGGCUCUUAUAUUCUGAUCAUGGACCUGCAAUUGGUGAUUCCGGUGUUACUAAUGCGGAUGUACAUUCUGUUUCUGGGCUUCCAUCUUCUGAUCAUGAACUUACAAUUGGUGAUUCCGGUGUUACUAAUGCGGAUGUACAUUCUGUUUCUGGGCUUCCAUCUUCUGAUCAUGAAAUUACAAUUGGUGAUUCCGGUGUUAGUAAUGCAGAUGAACAUUCUCUUUCUGGGCUCCUAUAUUCUGAUCAGGGACCUGCAGUUGGUGAUUCCAGUGAUUCUAAUGCAGAUGUACAUUCUGUUACAGUUUGUGAUUCUGGUGUUAGUAAUGCAGAUGAACAUUCUCUUUCUGGGCUCCUAUAUUCCGAUCAGGGACCUGCAAUUGGUGAUUCCAGUGCUUUUAAUGCAGAUGUACAUUCUGUUACAGUUGGUGAUUCCGGUGUUAGUAAUGCAGAUGAGCAUUCUCUUUCUGGGCUCCUAUAUUCUGAUCAUGUACCUGCAAUUGGUGAUUCCAGUGAUUCUAAUGCAGAUGUACAUUCUGUUACAGUUGGUGAUUCCGGUGUUAGUAAUGCAGAUGAACAUUCUCUUUCUGGGCUCUUAUAUUCUGAUCAUGAAGUUGCCAUUGGUGAUUCCGGUGACACUGAUGCAGAUGUACAUUCUGCUUCUGUGCUUCCUCCAUCUUCUGAUCAGGAAGUUGCAAUUGCUGAUUCCGGUGAUACUAAUGCAGAUGUAGUGGUAGACAUUCAUAUGAAAUCUGGAUCUGCUGAGUUCCCAGAGAAACUCAAAGAGCAGUUAUAUAUCAACAAUUUUGAAAAAGAAUUGGUUCACUUGCAGCUAUGUGAAGAAAGGGAUGUAAGAAAGGAGUUUGAACAGCACCAUCUUCAAUGGGAGAAUGAGAAAUCAUCUUUUAUUACUUCCAUUGCUGAUCUUGAAGGCAAGAACAGAACCCUUUCUGAAGAGAUUGCUGAAUGUAGAUCUGAACUGAACACAUUUGCAAACAAAAUGGAGGAGCUUGAUAUGAGUGUUUCUUUCUCAAAAACAGAAUUAGACUGGUCUUCUUCUCGCAUCCAGGAAUUGGAGACUGAACUGUCGAAUGUGUCAUCUGAGUUGGUUGAUAGUAAGAGUUUGGUUUCAGAUUUGCAGGUGAAAAAUGAAACCCUAAAUGUCAAUGUUGCUUCUUUGACCGAGGAGAAAGAUAAACUUGAGAAGGAGAAAGGAGAUGUGAUUCUGGAGAAUGAAAAGUUGAGUAAAGAUUUGAUGGAGUGCAAAUCUUUACUGCAAUCAGCACAUGUUGAAAAAGUCAUUGUUAAAGAAACUCUUGCUCUUGUAAUGGAGGAAAUGAAGAAACUGGAAGAGGUAAAACAAAAUUAUGUUUCUGAAAAGGAUAAACUGCUAAAUGACUGGAAGAAAUUAGAAGAGGUUCUUGCUUCAGAGAGGGAGGAAAGAAGUAAAAAUAAUGAAGCAAAUGAUCACUUUAUCCAGGAGAAUAAUAAAGUUUCCAUGGAGUUAUUGGAAUCCAAGAAGUUAAUGGAAAGUUUAGAGUCAGAAAUUGCUAACUUAAGUGAGAAUCUUGAUCUGGUAACAAAGGAAAGAACCAAACUUGGAGAAGAUUUGGACCAUUUAAGAUUCGAAAAGGAGGAGUGUUUGACAGAGUUAACAAGCUGCAAAACUUUAUUGAAGAAUCUUCAGGUGGAAUAUGAGGAGUCCAUGAAUGAAUCAAGAGACAGUGCCCUAAGGCUUGAAAAACUCACUGAAGAAAAUGUUACUCUUUCUAGUAAUCUGGACAUGUACAAAGCUAAGGUUACAGAAUUGGAUGAUUGGAAAAUGAAGUCUGAAGAAAGAGCCUCUCAUGGGAAACUAGAAGAGCUCACGGAAGCCUUGAAAGAGCAGAAUAAUAGUUUUGAGGAAAUAUUCUUGAAAAAUGUGAUCUUGGAUGAGGUUAUGAGGCAAUAUGUGCACACGGUUGAAUCCAAAAAGGGUGAUCUUGUAAAUUUGUGUGAAGACUUGAGGCAAGAAGUGAUCUUUACUAAAACACAAAACUCAGAGCUUACAGAAAAGCUUCACAACUCUGAAUCAAGAAUCCAUGAAUUGCAGUUACAAGUGGAUGACAUGGCUUCUUUUAGUAACCAGUUGGAGCUGCUUCACAGAAAGCUUGAUGCAUCUAUUGAGGGCAUUUCCGUCAUUCAUUCAAGUGAAGCAAUUGUUGGUGACAAUAUCUUUGCUCGUGUGGCUACUUCUGUUGAUGCAGCCAUUGAAGUAAUUCAAGAUUUGCAAGAAAAGCUUGAAGAUUCUCUCAAAACCCGUAACUCACUUUCAGAUUCUUACAAGGAAAUGAGUGAAAAAAUCAAGGAUUUAGAACAGACGAAUGAGCUUGCUGCCUAUGUAAUACAUAAAGUCUUUGAUAACCUUCAGAAAAUUGUGAAUGGUUCUACAGAAGAAAGUGAAGAUGAUACAAGAAAUGAACAGCUGGAUCAUCUAGAAAUCAGCAACUAUGAUGUGUUCAUCGAACGAUUAAUAAUGAUUCUUCGUGAACGUGCACAACUCGAAGCAAAAAACAGAGAAUACAAUUUGGAUUUGUUGAGAAGAAUAAAAGAUUUGGAAGAAUCAAACAGAAAGCUUAAUAAUCCAGCCAAGGAUUUGAAAUUGAUGGAGUUACAGACCAAAGUAAACCAGUUAACCUCUUCAAUCAUCCCAUACGAAAUCGAAAGCUCCAUUUAUAAGGAAAGUCUGAGGUCUGCAAUUGAACAGAUUGCUGUCAUUCAAUCUGAAACAAAGAUAAAAGAAACAGAACUUCAUCAAUCUGAGAACCGUGUUUCUGCUUUGAGAGAAAAGCUUCAUAUUGCUGUUACAAAAGGGAAAGGUUUAAUUCAACAACGUGACACCCUGAAGCAGAAUCUUACAAUGAAAGAUGCUGCACUUCAAGAGCUUGAAACAAAGCUUAAAUCAUACUCUGAAGCUGGUGAGAGAAUGGAAGCUCUUGAAUCUGAGCUCUCCUACAUUCGGAAUUCAGCUACUGCAUUACGGGAAUCUUUUCUGUUAAAAGAUUCUGUUCUUCAGAGAAUCGAAGAGAUUCUAGAAGAUUUGGACCUUCCGGAACACUUCCAUGACAGAGACAUUAUUGACAAGAUCGAUUGGUUAGCAAAAUCGGUUUCUCAUGAACCGAGUCAGACGGGUGUAAUUGAGCGAGCUCAUUCGUAUCCUGGUUCUGGUCCUUUAGAAGGAUGGAAAGAAGAUUUGGAACCAGUUUCAGAUGAAUUAAGAAGAAAUUAUGAGGAUCUUCAGAAUAAGUUUUAUGAGUUGGCUGAGCAAAAUGAGAUGUUGGAACAAUCAUUAAUGGAGAGAAAUAAUCUUGUGCAGCGGUGUGAAGAAGUUUUGGAAAAGACAAAUAUGCCCUUGCAUUUGAGAUCAUUGGAACCAGAAGAUAAAAUCGACUGGUUACGUGUUGUUCUUGCUGAGGCAAAUGACCGUUGUGCCCACCUUGAAGAAUCGUUAAUGGAGAGAGAUAGUCUUGUGCAGCGUUGUGAAGAAGUUUUGGAAAAGACAAAUAUGCCCCCACAUUUGCAAUCAUCAGAGCUAGAACAUAAGAUCGAUUGGUUACGUGUUGUUCAUUCGGAGGCAAAUGACCUUUGUGCCCUCCUUGAAGAAUCGUUAAUGGAGAGAAACAGUCUUGUGCAGCGUUGUGAAGAAGUUUUGGAAAAGACAAAUAUGCCCCCGCAUUUGCAGUCAUCAGAGCUAGAACACAAGAUCGAUUGGUUACGUGUUGUUUAUUCGGAGGCAAAUGACCGUUGUGCCCUCCUUGAACAAUCGUUAAUGGAGAGAAAUAGUCUUGUGCAGCGUUGUGAAGAAAUUUUGGAAAAGACAAAUAUGCCCCCGCAUUUGCGAUCGUUGGAGCCAGAACAUAAGAUUGAUUGGUUACGUGUUGUUCUUUCGGAGGCAAAUGACCGUUGUGCCCUUCUUCAGCAAGACUUGGAAAAGGUUCGUGGGUCACUUUCUGCUGAUCUUGAAGAGUCUAAUAGAAGAUUACUUGAUGUUGAGGCAAAUCUUAAGUCAAUUACAGAUGAACGAGACCAGAUUUUAGCUCGUUUUGAGGCUCAAAGUCAAGAUUAUAAUAAAAUCUUUGAGGAAGUUUCAUCGUACGAAAUCGAGAAUGUUAAAUUAAAAAAUGAAAUCGAUGCAUUGCAAUUAAAAUUAGAUGAGAAGCAUGUGGAUGAAGAGCAGAUACACCAUGUUCAUGGUGAAAUAAAGCGGUUGCAGGAUUUAGUGAAGAACAUGCUUCAAGAUCCAGAAAUGGAAGAUUUUGAUUCAAGUAUGAAUGAUAUUCAGUGUCUCGAAGGUUUGCUGAGGAAGCUAGAAGAAAAAGAUCCAAAAUACCCUUCGGGAGAAAGAAACAUUGAACAGUUAGAGGUUCUGGAGAGAAAGCUAGAGGAGGUUGAAGGUGAGUUAAUGCAAGUGAAGGAUGAAAGGGAUAAACACAUGGAAAAAAGUCAAUCUUUGGUCAAUGAAGUUGAAGCAUUAGAGGUAAAGAAUCAAGAAUUACAGAAGUUACUUGUUCAAGAAGAGCAGAAGACUGGUGUAGUUAGAGAGAAGUUAAAUGUUGCAGUUAGAAAAGGGAAAUCUUUAGUUCAACAACGAGACACCAUGAAGCAAAACAUCAAUGAGUUGACCGCUGAGGUGGCACGUUUGACUUCCGAGAUCAAAGUUCGUGAGAACACACUUUCGGACAAUCAAGAAAAGAUGAAGGAAUCGUUUAAAACCAUCAAUGAGUUGACCGCUGAGGUGGCACGUUUGACUUCCGAGAUUAAAGUUCGUGAAAAUACACUUUUGGGACAUCAAGAAAAGAUGAAAGACUUGUUUACCCUCCAAGAAUUGGUGGAAAAUAAAGAUUCUGAAAUCCGGUUCUUGAAAAAUCAUGUGGAAGAGAUUUUAAGUGCUUUGGGAAAGAUUGAUGUUGGGGUUGAAUUGAAAAAUAAUGACCCGAUUGAAAAACUUGAACAGAUUGAGAAAAAAUGUCGCGAUUUACACGAUGGAAUCUUGUCUGCUGAACAAGAUUCAAGAAAAUCAAAAAGGGCUGCUGAAUUACUUCUUGAAGAGCUGAAUGAAGUUCAGGAAAGAAAUGAAGAUCUUGUUGAUGAGAUUGCAAAGCUAUCAAGGGAAAAAGAUUCAGCAGAAGCUGCCAUGCGGGAUUCUCUCUCACAUUUUGAACAGUUGUCAGCUCUUCAUUUGGAGGAAAGAAGUAGCCAGUUUGAAGAACUGAUGAAUUUGAAAUCUGAUUUUGAACAAUUAAAGCCAGAAUUAAGAAACAUCUACAAUCUUGUGAAUGAUGUUUUGCCCAAAGAUUUGGAUCAUUUAUACAAUCUUGAAUCCAGUGUUAAAUCAUUGUUGGAAUCAAGUGAUGCUUCAAAAACCUCCUUCAGAAAGGAUUCCAAGGAUAACCUUUUCUUGGACACCAAAAGAGAAGAGGAACACAGUGAUGAUGAGAUCGUUGAUUUAUGGAGAUUUGUUGGGACCCACAUGGAGGAUUUAAUAUCUAACAUCAGUCUUUUUGAAGAAAAACUGGAAGCCCAUUCAAAAUCUUUACAUAAAGAAGCUAUUGUUUUAUCUGAGACAGUGUCAACUCUUCAUAAGGAAAUGACGUCCAGUAAAUCCUCCCUUGAAUCCAUUAAUAAACAGAAAGAGAAAGAAAAUUUAGCCCUAUGUAAACACAUUUCAAUGCUGUAUGAAGCUUGCAAGAAUUCAGUUUUUGAAAUGGAAAAAGUCAAAGGCCAAAUGGUUUCAGAUGAUGAAUCCUUGUUGUUCAUUGAAGGAGACACACUUUCUGUUUCUGAAGAACAAAUCAUGAAUAUGGUGAACAGAUUGUUGUCACAUGUGAAGGAUUUUCACAGUUUUCAGACUGAAAAUAUGGAAGUGAACCUAAAGGAAAUGAAGGAAAGAAUUUCUAGUUUACAGAAAGAGUUGACUGAAAAAGAUGUUCAGAAGGAUAGAAUCUGUGUUGACUUGGUCAAUCAAAUCAAACGAGCUGAAGCAUCUGCCAUGAACAACUUGCAACAACUCGAAUCUUCCAAAACUCAAGUAAAUGACUUAAAAGGGCAAUUGGAAGCUGUAAAUGUUGAGUGUAAAGCAUUACAACAAAGGGUAAAAGAGGUAGAAGAAGGUCAAGAAGAAAAAAUAAAAUCACUUACACAUGCUUUAACAUCAAAAGAACAAGAAGCUGAAGCUUUAUUACAGGCGCUUGAUGAAGAAGAAGCCCAAAUGGAAGAUUUAACAAACAAAAUCACAGAAUUAGAAAAACUUAUGAAACAAAAAGAUCAUGAUUUGGAAAACACAGAAGCUGCACGUGGAAAAGCAUUAAAGAAACUUUCAAUCACAGUCAACAAAUUCGAUGAACUUCAUCAUCUCUCAGAAACCCUAGUUUCUGAAAUCGAUAACCUUCAAUCCCAGCUUCAAGAACGCGAUUCUGAAAUCUCUUUCUUGAGAGAUGAAAUCACAAGAUGCACAAGUGAUUCCUUACAAGCAUUGGAAUCUGACAAAAAAGGAUUGGAUUCAAUCCAAGACAUUUUGACUUGGUUACAAACACAAGAUCUGCAUCUUGAUGACAACAAUGGCGAAUCCAAUCAAGUUCAUGAAUAUAAAGAAACACUCAAGAACCAAAUCGCAACUAUUGUUUCUGAAUUGAAAGAGUUACGCCAGGUGGCACAAAGUAAAGAUGAGUUAUUGCAUAUUGAAAGGAGUAAAAGAGAGAUUCUUGAAAGUUCCAUGAGAGAACAAGAAUCAAGAUUGAGUUUGCAUCAAGAUAAUGAUGAAUCUGCUAGAGGAGCAACAUCUAUGACAUCAGAGAUUGUGGAAGUUGAACCUGUGAUUAAUACAUGGCAACCGAAAGGGACAACAUCUCAAGUUAGAAGCUUGCGAAAAGUAAAUAAUGAUCAACUUGCCAUUUCCAUAGAUGAUGUGGACUCAGAUGAAAAGGAUAAGUUAGAAGAUGAAGAUGAUGAUAAAUCUCAUGGUUUCAAGUCUCUUACAACAUCAAAACUUGUCCCAAAGUUCACUAGGCCUGUUACAAACUUCAUUGAUGGCUUAUGGGUUUCAUGUGAUAGGGCAUUACAGAGACAACCUGUUCUGCGAUUGAGUCUAAUUCUUUACUGGGCCUUGAUGCAUGCACUUCUUGCAGCUUUUGUAGUUUGAGUGUUUCUCAAUUUUGGAUGAAAGAAAAGAACCCUAGAUUGGUUUGUUUUCAUAAUUUAGGUGAAGAUGUGCACAAGUGAAGUGGCUGUGAUUUCUCCAUAUUUUAUCAGAAAAUCA